GACCGACCAUGAUCAACUGUAAUUUGCCUCAACACGCUGCGAUGGUCCAUUCUCUAUUCUGAUCUUUCUCACGUCCUCUGUGUCGUUGCAACUCUCUACUUUCCACUUGGAGGUCUCACUUGACGCAGUCACCCCAACAACUCCAGCGUCCAAACACCGGUCCUAGACGCAGCAGUUCACGCAUACCUGUCGCUACCGAUAUUGGGAUUGCCCAAGCACUACCUUCCCAGCAACAAGAGCUGCUUCACAAUCCCGAGCAAACACCAUGGCGACGGCACCUGCGCCUACGCCCGUCAUACCCACAAGAAUGUCUUUCGCCAAGGUUGCAGCCUCCGGCGCAAAAGAUAACAGAGUUCCCCGUGUCGCGGUCCCUACGAUGGAUCACCGCCGAGCCCCACCCACCAACGUUACUUCUGCCCCCAAGAAUGGCAACUCAACUUCCAAGAAUCUCAGUCCUACAGCAACCGACAAGACACCUAUCCAAGCUCCUUGCUCCGCGAGGACGACGAGCCAGUCAGGCCCCACUCUGCCGACAGAUGACAAGAUGGCCCAGAAGCUCAGGGACCUUAGUCUCUCCUCAGGGCCACCAACCCCAAGUCUCGUGGUGAAUGGGUCCUCGGCAUCCAUCAACGGCUUGCAAAGUAAGAACGAGAACGGAAACCAUCUAUCAGAUGAUGCUUCGCAGAGGGCCGACUCCAGUUCGGACGUUGGCACUAAGGCUCCCAGCCUGGAUGGAAAGAGCAUCACCUCUGGCACGACGUUUGCGCUUGAUGAGAAGGAAUCACUUCGACCCGAUGACAGCGCUAGUGUCAAGGCCGCAGCCGAGGAUGAUGAGUCCUUCUCGGUUCGGGGGUCGCAGAUGACCAACUCCAGGAUGGGCUCCGAGGUGGCCCGUAUACACCGGUUGCGCAUCGGCGAUAUGCCCGAGCGAAGGAUUAUUCAACUGCUCCCCGAAUCGCACGACCAAGGCCUCGCGACUCCGCAAAGUGGAGACUCGGGAGUGCCCCCUCCUACAGACGCUUCCCAGACUUUGGGAACAGUAGCUGGCACUCCCGAUGCCUUCAGCACCAUGUAUUCGCAAAACCCAGACGACAAGCUGCUCGAGGCCAUGGCCUCCCCCAAGGACCGUAUUUUCCUGCUGCGGCUCGAACAGGAUGUCAUCAACUUCGUCCAGUCAUCAGAGAAACCUUUUAUGGAUCUGCCUCCAAGUAACUCUUUCUGCAGAAUGUUGACACAUAAAUUGGCCGACUACUACCACAUGACGCAUUCAUUCGAGGCCGUUCAGGGUGCUGUGCGUAUUUACAGGACACCCUUUUGUAGAGUACCGCCCUCUUUGGCCAGCAUCGCUGGUAGUAAAGAGCCCGAGAGUAACACGAACGCGGCCCCACCCGUACUUCUGCCAAAGAAGAUUAUGCGGCGCGGCGAGGAAGGAGGAUCUGGACCUGCCAGCACGAGCCCCUCCAAGGCCACUUCUGAGGUCGGAAGUGACGGCAAGGAGAAGAGCAAUUCUAAGGAGAAGCUCACCCGUGAACAACGAGAAGAAGCCUAUAACAAGGCCAGAGAGCGUAUUUUUGGAGCGUCCGAGAAGACCGGAGAGUCUACGCCUGAAAAUGAAGAUGCAAACGGUACAUCUCGGGCCAGCUCUGUCUCAGGCAAAGAGAAGUCAAACCUCGGUAAAAGGGGCAAGACUGGGAAGCAGCGUCGAGAUGAUUCGGAGAGCUUUGAUUCUCGGUCACAGUACACUGCUUGGUACGGCGGACACCACUAUGUCGGCCCCCAACCCGCCGGUGGCUGGCAGCCUCAGUAUGCUGGUAGUGCGAAUGGCCAAUUUGGUGGUCAAAUCCAACAACCAUAUCCACAUGCCAUGCAGCAGCCGUACCCUGCAGCACCACAGAACUAUCCCCAGAUGAUGCAACAGGGUCAAGCGAAUGGUUAUCCUCAGUAUAACCCUAUGCCAUCUUACCCACAACAGCCCUCUCAACCUGUCCCGCAGCGUUAUCCUCCUGCAGGUGGCCCAGUACCCAGCUACGGGUCUCCCAUUCCGAGCGCGCAGCCUCCGCAGCCCUGGUCACAGCCUGGCUAUGCCCAGAGCCCGCCACCUGCUCCUACGCCCUACCAGCAACAGCCCAGUCGGCCCUCUCAGCCCACUAAUCAGCAUGGCAUCCCCUACGCCUUUGGUCAACUUCCAGUCAAUGUCAAUCCAAACGACCCGAAGAGUCAGCACCCGAUUCCUGGUAGCUAUAACCGCCAUGCUUUCAACCCUAAAACUCAAUCAUUCGUUCCUGGAACUGGCAUGGGUCCUGCACAACCACAGCCUCCAAUGCCUUACCAUAUGGGCGGUCCUCAUGGCAGUCCGCAAGUUGGGUCCCCGCACCUGGCUUAUCCUGCGUACGCUCACAACGGACCACCUCAGCCUUAUAUGGGAGGACCUAGCUAUGGAAUGAGCCGCCAGAGCUCCAACAACUCCUUGCCGGCCUACCAUCAUCAAGGUACUCCACCUCAACACUUGCCGCAACAUCCAGGAACCCACUUACCCCAGAUGCCUCAACUGGGAAGCCAAAUACCACACCAGAUAACGCAUCCUCUACCGAAUAAAGGCCCACAACCAAUGAACAAUACUCAUCCCCACUUCACCUCUUUACCCAACUAUGGCAACCCGGCCACACUUCCUCAAAAGCCUCCCACGGGCAUGUAG